UACACAACUCUCCUAUAAUUCCCUUUAUACAUACAUACCUAUACAUGUUAUACCCUUCUAACACCCUUUUUGCAUUAGCAAAAUUCAAAAAUGAGUAAAAUGGCCAUAGAUUUCGAACUUCCAGGCUUCAGAUUCCACCCGACAGAAGAAGAGCUUCUGGAUUUUUACCUCAAGAGCAUGAUUUAUGGCAGCAGACUACGUUUUGAUAUAAUUGGUUUCCUCAAUAUUUAUCGUCAUGAUCCUUGGGACUUACCUGGACUGUCAAAGAUUGGGGAGAGAGAGUGGUACUUUUUUGUGCCGAGGGACAGGAAGCAUGGAAGUGGAGGGAGACCUAACAGGACUACUGAAACCGGCUUCUGGAAAGCAACCGGUUCGGACCGGAAAAUCUUCAGCUUAUCGGAGCCUAAACGAAUCAUAGGCCUGAGAAAGACUCUUGUUUUUUACAGAGGAAAAGCCCCGAGAGGAAGCAAAACUGAUUGGGUCAUGAACGAGUAUCGUCUGCCAGAUAAUUGUCACCAGCCAAAGGAGAUUGUUUUGUGCAAGAUAUACAGGAAGGCAACUCCGUUGAAAAUGCUAGAAGAAAGGGCAGCAAAGGAGGAAGAGUUAAGGACAACAAUUCAAGCAUCUUCUCCAUCUCCACUAUCAUCGCUAGAGACAAUCUCCUUUCCUAGUCCAAAUCAAGAAGAUUUAACCCUAACCCAUCAAAUGAUGUUUGAGAAAGAAUCAAAGGAGACACAAAUGGCGGCUGAAGUGAAUUACAGUAAUGAUCAGGAGACAGAAAUGAGAAAAGGGUCCCUAACAUCUUUGCAAUUGCCCUUUGGAAAGGACAAAUUGCCUGACCUCCAAGUGCCCAAAAUGGGCAUGGAAUGGUCAUUUCAGGAUCCUUUUUCAAAUCUUAGCCCUUGGCCCCUGAACUUGACUCCUUGUACUAUUGGUAACAUUCUUAAUUUCUAGGCUGUCAAAAAAAUUAUCUUCCCAAGCAAGCUUAAAAAUUUUCUUGUAGAUAGUACUACCCUAUUUUACUCUUGUUUCUUUUUUUCCA